UCAGUGUUCGGAUUUUUGUGCAGGAUACUGUACACCUUUUUAUUACCUUACUAUUCAGCAUGUUAAAGUUUUAAUCCAUCAAUAAUAAAGAAUAUUUUUAUUUUAAUAGGAAUGAAGGAAAUCUAUAAAGAUACAACGAGGGAAUCUAUAGAUGAUGGUUUACUGAAAUCAGUUGUUAUUCACACGUAUGGUCGGAAAAGACAUUCAACAAGUCAUUCAAACUUUAUUCCAACUAGACUACCACCAGAAUGUGAUGUGUCAUUGAAUUCUAUUGAUUACAAUCCAAGUUAUAUAGAUGAUGGUUUACUGAAUUCAGUUGAAAUUCGCACGUAUACGUGCGAAUACAUGCCAUACAUGGCUGGAAUAGACAUUCAACAAGCCAUUCAAAAUUUAUUCCAACUAGAUAUAACUUUACUACCGCCAGAAUGUGAUGUGUCAAUGAAUUCAAUUGAUUACGAUCCAAAUUUAUCUAAACAAAAGGGGAAAACCGACGAAGUUAAAAGAAAACUACAUCACGGUGUUACCGGUAAAUUAUAUGUUUUCACGUGUAGAUAUAUCCCAUUGAAUCUAACUAGACGACAUACAAAUUAUUGUUUACGUGUCAAUAAUAUUGCCAUGAAUCUGACUAGACUACAUACAACUUAUUGUUUACGUGUCAAUAACAUUGCCAAAUGACUUUGUAUUUUAUGGUUUAAAAAAGAUGGCCCCCAAAUGAAAGAAAUUACUCGUGCAA